UUAAGAUCCAGCGGAUCUGAGUUGAGUUCAAAAAAUAAAUGGGUUUAGAUCUAGGUUUAAUGUUUUCAGACCUAGGCCCUCUUUUUGAAUCCUUUUAAGAUACAAACUCAUUAAAUGUCCCAGACUCAUUUUAGAUUCAACCUAUUAUGCAUUCUAAAUCAAUUUGUAAUUCUUUAUAAAUUUAUAUUUAUUUGAACUCAAUUAGACCUAUAUAUAACCUAUAAAUCUAUUUUAAUAUUAAUGAAAUCUUUAAAAUUAAGAUUAUUUAGGAUUUGUUUAGGACUCCAGACCCCAUAGGUUCGAGUGCGGGUUUAAAAGUUUUUAAACCUAAGGGUUUGAAUAUGGGUUCACCAAAUAUUAAUGGGUCUGGAUUUGGGUUUGGUUGGAUCUAACCUAUAACCCUUCCUAGUUUCAAGUCAGAUUGUGUUGAAUCUAAGUCAACCCAACAAGUCAAAGAAUUUGAAAACUUUCCCCUGACUAUCAUUAGAAUUUCACUAAUUUUUUUAUUAUGAUCGUCUUAUUGUGAAACGACUUUGAUUUAAUCAGCUUAAAUUAUUUUUAAAAAAAUACUUCCUAAUUCAUAUUUUAUUAUUUUUUAAUGUAUUUUUAGUUUUUUACUAAUAGGUUAUUGUCUGAAUGUAUCUGCUUAGACCAUAUCAUACAAGAUUUGCUUAAAUUUUAAUCCCAAAUAGAUUUCCCUGACUCACCUUUUGAAUUUCGCCACACAGUCGUCACCGGUUAUCGGAUUUACGAUUUGCCUCACAGUAGCAGAAUAAGAAAUGUGUUUGAUUGUUUCAAGUGUAAGAAAUUUCUGCAGAGUCUUGCAAUGAAUUAAUUUGAGCUUCUAGUCGAUUAAAAUUAGGCUAUGAUUCCAAAUCUAGAGCAUACCAAGAACCAGUCCUCAGCAAAAUAUUGGCAUUAUGACCGCAUUAUAAAAGGUUUGUGAGAUUAUGAUGACUGCAAUUGCAUUUUGACGGAAAAAGUUGUUUUACGAAAGUGGCAACCACAUCCAAAAUUUUGCAUUAUGGUAAACUCAUGCUGUAGCAUUGUUGUGGUAACAACUUUGUUGAAAUAUUAUUUGCCUUGGCUACAAAUGUGAAAUGUCUUUUGUACUGCAGCUAAAAACUGAAUGCACAAGAAAGAUGUAUGUUUCGAGGCACUUACACUGGAUCUUUCCUUAUCGGUGCCUGGGGAUGUGUCAUCGCCUUGGGUAAGGGUAUCCACUAUCUAUUGGAUGAAUUAUGUUGUAUAUGCAUCAUAACUUAAUUUAACACGCAUUGUUCUACGAACUCUGGCCCUAACAUUCCGGGGUUUCGUCGAAGAAGAUUUUGUUAUGGCGGCUGAGUAUUUGAUGUUGCUAUCAAGAUAGCUCUCGAAACCCUAGAAGAUAGCUCUCAAAACCCUAGAAAUUGGGAAAGUGAACAAAAACCAUAAGAAUUAAUACUUUUAUUGAAAGUGACAUGAAUAAGAACAAAGGACGAGGGGAGGAACUAUGAGGCAAUAAGAAUAGGAGGAGUGAGAAGAAAGAGAUAAUGGCAAGUUUAGUGUUGGUGGUGUUGUGAAUCGAGCAGGAGAGAGAUGGUCGUUGGGUGUUCUCAAGAGAGAGAUAAUGGCAAUAAGAAUACUUUAAUUUGUGUACAAAGAAUGCUUAGAAUUUAGGGGUUUUUUGAAUUUUUUUUUUUAGUUUUCCCUAAAAAAAAGUCAUCAAUAGUUUUGUAUGAAACCUUCUCAUUAUUAGAUAAAUUAUAUAAUCAGUCAAUUUUUCUAAGGAGGUGUUUGGUAUUUCUUAAUAAUAGAAAUGGAAUGGUAUUGGCUAAAGGGAGGAAUGGAUUGAUUUUUAGUUGUAACCGUUACUGUGUUAAAGCUUGUUUGGCACACUUUCAAAAAGGGAAUUAUAUGGUCCAUAUCCUUCCUUCACAACCAUGGCCACCAAUUCCACCUUUACAAGUUGUAGUUCGAAUGUCAACCAUAGACAUUUCAAAGACCAUUCUAUAAUUGCUAAAUCUAAUCUUAAGUCCAAUUGCAUGUGGAUUUGAUUUUAAUUUUUGUAAUUUGCUUGUUUUUCCUCUAAUUUUUCAAAUAAUUAUGUGAUGGAAUCUCUCUCAUGUUCUUUUUUUUUUUAAUCUUGGUAAUCUUUCUUCAGUUUUACUAAGCUCAAAGCUCAGUCAACAAUGGCAGAAACCUGCCAUCUUCUCUGAUCUUUUACCCUUUUUACAACAAAGCUAAUCAACACUUGCAGACUCUCGAGCUCAAUUUCACCGUACUAUAUUUUCUCCUUUUGUACUACAAAGCUCAAAGCUCAAUUGACAAUGGUGGAAUAAUAAUCUUUCAUAUUGCUCCACUUGCGUUUGAAAAUGAAGCUGAAUUGUUUUUUUUUUUCCUUCAUUUUCACUUUCACCAGUAGUCAAUAACAGUGAAUAUGAUGACAAAGGAAAGGUGAUGGUGGGACUGGUGACUUGAUUUGUUUCUCUGGAAUUUGUUAUAGCUAGUGGAUGUGAGGUAACAAAGUAAGGGGAAGUGUUACAGCCAAGAAACGUAAGUGGACACAAUAAAUCCUUGCCAAACAAAAAGUAACGGUAAAUUGUUACCAUUCUGUCACCGUGUAGACUGUAGAUAAAAACAACAUACGAAACACAACCUAAUUGAUGACUUUAAGAUUGUAGGUGAUUUAUCUCUAAGACUGUAAAAAGUGAUCAUUUUAAGACAAUAAGUGUACAUUGGGUCAACCUAAUAGAAUUAAUGUCACCGUCAAAUUUGUGAAUAGAAGUUGGCUUAUUGAUGAAUAGGUCAAAUGAUUUUAUUGUGAUUGAAGACUAAUUUCGUGAGAAGUACUCCUAGAAUGUAUUUUUCCAAACUGGUUAGUUUGAAUUUGAUUCUAUUAAGAAACGCUAAUGCAAAUACAAAUUACAAUAUACAAUAUGGGAAUUUGUAUUUCUCUUUGUUGAUGGCUAAAAUAAACUUACACAAAAAGCACUAAGAAAUAAAUUAAAGAUGAUCUUUGUAGCGACAACCGUUGUGAUGUUUCCCCCACAAAGGUACUUGAGUUUUGACUUGGAAAUUUACAAUGAGAUACAAACAACACAACACACCCUUAGUACUUAGGGUAUGAAACUUAACAAUAAAGUGUUUGAUGAAUUAUAAACUUUGGAAAUUCUAUCAAGAAAUUUAUAACUCGUUUUGAAAGAACACAAGUAAGAGAGAAAGCAAGGAUAAAGAAUUCAGAAAAUUAAGGUGUAAGUGACAUCCUUCCUCAAGCCCUUAUUUAUACUAGUUCCAGUAUACUAAAGGGUUAUGGACAAUUAAUCACCCAUUGAUGAUCAAGUAUAAUGAUCAUCAAUCAGUGCUAUUAUAGCUAUGGUAUUCAUGAGCAUUAUUCACACAAUUAAGUCACUUGUAACUCCAUAUCAAAGUUGAACAAGAAUAGAAUCAAAUGCUCAUUGAUCAAAGAAUACGAAAAGGCAUAUUUUUGUUCCAAUUUAUCUUUUGUCCUUCCCUUUUACCCCUUUGGACCUUAUAUGUUUAGUACACUUUGUCCCACUACUAUUUGUAGUACUUGGUGAUAAUUCUUAGGAUUUAAUAUACACUAAAUGUUCAAUAGAUUCUUGAUCAAUGGGUUUUGUGUUUAUGUGUUAGCCGUGUACUUCUCGUCAAAAACCCAUUUGCUCAAAGGCUAUUCCAAAACACUAUAUAUGAUUUAAUUUCACAGAUAUAUUUCCUACAAGUUUUCUUCAUUAUUCCUCCUUUCUUUAGCAUGGGGUUGUAUCAUACCAUAGUACUAUAUUUCUUGUUCAUCUACUUUCAUUCUUACACAACCACAAUCUUUGUCGUAAGUGAAGGAAAUGGAAGUACUACUAGUACUCCUAUUAUCCAGUGCAUCCAAACUGAGAAAAAAGCUUUCAAAAUCUUUGGAGAAAACCUUGUUGAUGAUUUCUCUGGAAGGCUUUCUUCAUGGAACAGUGAUGAUUGUUGCAGUUGGAAAGGCAUCACUUGUGAUAAUAACACUGGUCAUGUUACUUCCAUCAAUCUUCGAAAUCCACAAAGAUCCAGAUAUAGAUACACUGACUCAAUUUCCGAUACAAAAGCUUCUUUAGGUGGUAAUCCAACUCCUGAGUUUCUUGGGGAGCUUAAAGGAUUGACUUAUCUAAAUCUUGCUGGGUCUAACUUUUUUGGAGUAGUACCACCUCAAUUAGGAAACUUGACAAACUUGCAAUCUUUAGAUUUGUACUCAUAUUCAUUCAACUCAUUAAGCACUAAAUCACUCUACUGGUUAACUAAUCUUUCCUCUCUCAAGUAUUUAAACCUUGAAAGAGUUACUCUUUCCUCAGAUUGGCUUCCAUCUUUAAGUAAGUUGCAUUCUCUACUAGACUUGAAUCUUUAUGCUUGUGAUUUGAAUACCACAUUUAGUGAUAAUCUUCCAUCUGUGAGUUUCACCUCUCGUGAGAUUAAAUAUGUCAUCAAAUGGUAUGCUACAAGGUUCGCAUCUUUCUUGGCUAUCAAGUCUUACUAGUCUUGAAGUUCUUGAUUUAAGCAGUAAUUAUGAUCUUGUUGGUCCUAUCCCUACAUUGUAUGCUGACUUGAGAUAUUUGGAUCUUUCUUGUACUGACUUGAGUGUUGAUCUUCUCGAGAUUUUACUUGGGUUUCAAAAAAUGUCCAACCUCCAAUAUCUUGAUCUUUCUUUUAGCAAAUUCUCAUGUUCUAUUCCAACUUAUGUAGGCAACUUUUCAUCCUUGAGAAUGUUAGACCUCUCUGGAAAUAAUCUCACAGGUUCAAUUCCAACCUCUAUAGGAAACUUAAUUUUCAUGCUAAAGUUGGAUCUAUCUGAGAACUCGUUGCUGGGUUUGAUUCUGUCUUCGAUUGGAAACUUGUUGUCCUUGGAAAUUCUUGACCUCUCUCAGAACAUGAUGAAUGAUAACAUACCAGAAAGCCUUGGUCGACUCUCCCAGUUAGUUGAGUUGCAUCUCGAUUCAAACAAUUGGACAGGUAUUCUUACAGAAGCUCAUUUGAUUAGCCUUCGAAGUUUAAAAUCAUUUAAGCUCACUACAGAUGCACCUAUGUCACUAGCUUUCAAUGUAACUUAUGAUUGGGUUCCUCCAUUCAAUCUCGAAGAGUUGGACAUUGAAAAUUGUCUUGUAGGACCUGCUUUUUCUGUAUGGCUGCUGAAGCAAAGGUCUCUCACCUCAGUUAUUUUUCCGAAUACUGGCAUCUCAGACAUAAUUCCUGAUAACUGGUUUUCUUUUAUUGCUUCUGACCUUAAUUAUUUGGAUCUAUCAAGUAACAAAAUUAGGGGAACGUUGCCUCGCGGAUUAGUGUUUCCAAACCUCUACAUCAUCAAUUUAAGCUAUAAUCAGUUUGAAGGUGAGUUCCCAAAUUGGUCUUUCACUGCUGCUACACAAUUAUGACUUCGAGAAAAUUUAUUCUCCGAAUCUUUACCUCAAGAUAUUGGUGAUCUAAUUCCUAAUUUAUGGAAAAUGGAUCUUUCAUGGAACCUUUUUGACAGCAUUAUCCCCUCAUCAUUAUGUAAAAUGAAGAAUAUGGCAGUUCUUCUCUUAGGAAACAACAAAUUUUCUGGAGACAUACCUGAUUGUUGGGAUAAAGCAGAGAAACUUUGGGCUUUAGAUUUAUCAAACAAUAGAUUAUCAGGUACGAUGCCAACAUCCUUUGGUAAUUCAUCCCUUCAUGCUUUGUCUUUAGGACACGACAAUUUGCACGGGAAAUUUAUGAAUGCAUCUGCAUAGUCACCCAUCAUGAUAUAGGAUCUUGGAGAAAUUAAUUUUUCAGGGAGUCUACCCGAACGAAUGAAUGAAGAAUUCCCAAAUCUUCUUAUGGUAGUUCUUAGAGAUAACUUUUUCUCAGGGAAAAACCCUCGCGGGUUUUGCAAGUUUGAAUAUCUUCAUUACUUUGAUCUGUCUUGGAAUAAUUUUUCGGGUACUAUACCAAAGUGUAUCAACAACCUGACUGCACUAGUCGAUGAAGAAUACGACAUAUUCCAUGAUGUACAGAAUUAUUUUGGGGUAUACUAUGAUGGGCUUUUAAACAUAAGAACAAAAGGGAAUGAAUACGAGUAUGGUAGGACUGCUUCCUUGGUUAAUGGAAUUGAUCUUUCUGGGAAUUUUUUAUCAGGAGAGAUCCCCGUUCAAAUGACCAACCUUAAGGCAACAUCAAUUUUGGACCUCUCAAGGAAUCACUUUAGUGGAAAUAUCCCUCAAGAUAUUGGUAACAUGAUUUCACUAGAAACUUGAUUUGUCAUGCAAUCAUCUU